AUGCCCGGCUCGUCGUUCAUAUAUUUCAUGUACGGAGUGCACGCCUUGCAAUAUGUCAAUUCCGCUUCAAAUUUUAUACUUUAUGGCUUACUCAAUCGACAGGUGAUCCUUAGCUCCUUCGCUCAAUGUUCCCUACAGUGA